AUGUCAUGGCCUGUUCGUAUGAAAAUGAUGGCGUUGCCAACUGGUCCAGUAUAUGUUGCCCCUCUUCUUGUGUUGCUAGGAGCACGCAAAGUCGAUCCCACCAAAAGCCUGUGCCUUUCGCGGUCCGGACCAGAAGGAAAACCCGUGCUGUGGCCCUUCGCAAGAAAACCAGGACAAAAAGGACCAGACACACCCAAGUUACAAAAGGUAAAGGUCCACAAAGGAUUUUGUGGGGUAGAUGUGAAGAGCGGGAGACUACAAGAUGGUAGAGACAAGAUCACAGAGCACAGAGAGAGGAGGGCGUGUACAGUACACAGCCAAAAAAACUUGAGGAACUCCAGCGAAGGCUGUGUGCCGUGUAGGUCCCUGAAGCAAAGGAAAAUAUAUAAACUGCAGCCGGCAGCCACUCGUUUCAAAGAGGAACAAAAAGACGCAUGGUACGACAGAAAUCAAACUAGGUGGGCCCUGCGCCAGAGAGAGAACAUUAAAUCAAAUCCCGAACCACAAUCAUCGUCCGAUAGCCUUGAAUAUGUGACCAAAGACAUACAUCGAAUGCUGCAGCCGCGAACCCCCAGUUGUACUACUGGUACCAAACCAUUGCGGUGCAUGUCAUCCCUAUCCCAUCACCCGUUGAAGGACACAUCGUUAAGGGAGCAUCUGCAUGGUUGCAGAUCGGUUCUGUGGAACAUGGCAGAUCUUCCAUUUGCUGGAAUUCCCGCGUCGAAUUCUGCAAAGGAAGGGACUGGACUGAGAGGUUUGUACAUCAGCUGA